CAGUCACGAUCGGAGCGUCGCGCGGGCAGCCAGUCGCCAUCGGGACACCGAGUUGUGCACUACAUAUAGUACAAAAAUUAACGUACAAAUUUUUUCUUCUACACUAGUGAGGUGAACGUAUAUUUUUACAAAGUGACAGUGGAGUGACCAAACUGGAUUUACAAAAGUGUGUUCCUGAUUUUAAGUAACCGAGGUUAUUUAAAAUCGUUUCCAAAUUGGCAUUUUUUCCGUAACUUUAAAGAUAUAAAUCCUUCUUUCCGUUCUGUCUUUCUUUACAGAUUCAGUGUUUAAGGAUAACAUAGUAUACGGGAACAAGUGUGAACAAUAAAAAACAGUGCCUUAUAUGUUUUGAAGGGAAAGUGAUUUUUAAAACAUCACCACGGAGACAAAAUGCCAAAAAACUUGUUGCUAUUCAAGAAGUUAAUACCCGAAAUAAACUUUGCAAAAAGGAACUUUACCAUUUUUAGCCGGAACAUUAUAUAUAUCAGUUAACUGGUGCUUAAUACAACCAAGUUGAACCAUCGUGCCAUAAUCAUAUGGUAGAAAUAAAAAAAAAGUUGCCUUAUCCGACAAAGUCGAAAAAACCAUCAAUAAGAGAAACACCAAACACAGUGAUAGUAGAAUAAUGCGAAUGCGAUUCGCACAGUGGUCGAAGAUAACCUGAACCCUAGACAAAAACCCUUUUUUUCAAAAAUGAAUAAUAACCAGUUCCACGAGCUUUUUGGAUCGCAAUGGCCUCCUGAUCAGCAUGGAGGCCAUUCGUCAGCAACCACUAUGCUGCACACAUCCCUGCCACAGGGGAUGCAGCUGAAACGAGAACCCCAUACGGAUGUGAUGCAUAACCAGAUGGGGAUGGGGAUGCAGGAUAUCUCAGGCUCUGUGGCUGACAGCACCUCCCCCCCUCCGGGAAGCAGCGACGGGAUGUUCGGAUCCUCCAUGAACACCAUGUUUAUGGAUAAGAAAGCUGCUAAUUCUAUACGAGCCCAAAUCGAGAUCAUACCCUGCAAGGUCUGCGGGGACAAGUCAUCAGGAGUUCACUACGGGGUCAUCACCUGCGAGGGCUGCAAGGGGUUCUUCAGACGGUCCCAGAGCACAGUGGUGAACUACCAAUGCCCGCGCAACAAGGCGUGCGUGGUGGACCGCGUCAACCGCAACCGGUGCCAAUACUGCCGGCUGCAGAAGUGUCUCAAGCUGGGCAUGAGCCGUGAUGCGGUCAAAUUCGGUCGUAUGUCAAAGAAACAGCGUGAGAAGGUGGAAGACGAGGUCAGAUACCACCGAGCCCAGAUGCGGGCCCAGACGGACGCCGCCCCGGAUUCGGUGUACGACGCACAGCAACAGACCCCGAGCUCAAGCGAUCAGUUCCAUGGACACUACAAUGGUUACACCGGCUACCCCUCCCCCAUCUCUUCGUACGGCUACAACAGCACCCCCCAGCUGACAUCCGGCAUGAUCCAGCAACCUGCGCCGGCGCAGACCUACGACGGAGUGCCAGCUGACACGUACGUGGAUAGCACGACGUACGAACCCAAGCAGGGGGGGUUCUUGGACACCGACUUCAUUGGCCACGACGAAAAAGGAACCACGGUCGUCCGGCCGUCAGGAUCGACAUCCACAUCCACGGCAACCACAUCCACGACAUCCAUGCGACAGGCAACCGUGAAUGAGAUCCCGCGGAGACUGCAGGACUUCGACAGAUACGAGCCGGACAGGAUCCAAUCCCCCGCCUCUAUAUCCAGUGGAGUUAUUAAUAUAAAACAGGAGAUAAAACCGGAGACGUCACUAGGAGUGGAUAAUCUGGUUGCCAGUUAUGUUGAUUCAACGACAUUCCUUCACAGCCCUUCGAAUUUACAACACAGUCCAAUGGACAUACAGAAUUCUGUGCUUGUUAGCGGACAGAGCUCAGUGUCUUUAACUAGUGAGGAGCUAAGCCCGGAUGAUCUGACAUCCAGCAGUGGACAUGGAAGGUUGAUGGAUCCGUUGAACUUGAAUAUGAGUGGGAUGGGAAUGGUGAAUCCGAAUGCAGUGACGAACAGACGACAUCAGGGCUCAAGCCAUUCGAGCGACGAUCUUCCUUCGGAAGGCGACAUCAGCAAGGUCCUUGUGAAGAGUCUGGCGGAGGCCCACGCCAACACCAACCCCAAGCUGGAGUUCAUUCACGAGAUGUUUCGGAAACCCCUCGAUGUCUCUAAGCAACUGUGCUACAGCUCGAUGACGUACGAGGAGAUGUGGUUAGACUGCGCGGACAAACUGACGGGGAUGAUUCAGAACAUCAUUGAGUUCGCGAAACUCAUUCCCGGUUUCAUGAAACUUACGCAGGACGAUCAGAUCCUGCUGCUCAAGUCUGGCUCGUUUGAACUAGCGAUCGUCCGUCUCUCUCGACUGAUCGACGUGAACAGAGACAACGUGCUUUACGGGGACGUCGUGUUGCCUAUCAGAGAUUGUGUACACGCACGCGACCCCCGUGACAUGGCGCUGGUGGUGGGAAUCUUCGACGCCGCCAAGACCAUCGCCCGCCUGAAGCUUACUGAGACUGAACUAGCGCUCUACCAGAGCCUGGUGCUGCUGUGGCCAGAGCGCCACGGCGUACGCGGCAACCCGGAGAUCCAGUGCCUGUUCAACAUGUCCAUGGCGGCCAUGCGGCACGAGAUCGAGACCAAUCACGCGCCUCUGAAGGGUGACGUCACAGUACUCGACACACUUCUGGCAAAGAUACCUACUUUCAGAGAAUUGUCCCUGAUGCACCUCGAAGCGCUGUGCCGCUUCAAGGCCGCGCACCCCCACCACGUAUUCCCCGCGCUCUACAAGGAGCUCUUCUCUCUAGACAGCGUGCUCGACUACCACGUCUAAACGGGUACACGCCGUAUAACUGUGUACCUCUUCGUGUAAUCGUGUGCACACCGUAGAAAUAGCAACGGGCACACAUUGUAUAAACGGGUACACGAUGUUUAAUCGUGUACAUCUUCGUGUCCUGUACGCGUCGUGUGCAUGCAGUAGAAAUAGCAACGGGUACACAUUAAAACGGAUAUACGUACAAUCGUGUAUAAGAUUAAAACGUGUAUGCCUUGGUGAAAAUGUCUGCACGUCGGAAGUGUACGCGGUACAAAACGGGUACGUGUCGUAUAAUUGUGUACACUGAUGUGACGUGUACGUAGAUCUCUGCCCAUUGCCCUGAGACGACGUAUUUUCUGUCAAAUGACAGCUGUAGGCUCCGCUUGACUAAAGAUACCUAAACGUUAUUUGUUAACCUAUUUAUAAUUGUAUGUAUGUACUUUGAGACUGUUAUAAUGAUAUUUACGUAUAGGUACGUACGUACAAUAUUAAUAUUUAAAUGUUUAUUUAAUUCUCAAAUUUAAUCUAGGGACAUGUAGGUAUCUUUAGUUUCGCCUUAAACCGGAACUUGUAUUUUUUAUUUGUUAUGUUUAUGUUAUACAUAGCAAAUUAUAAUGUAGAUACGAACACUGUUUACUGGUUUAGUUGCCUGUAUAAAAGUACAUAAUAAUACAUUCCAUUAUAUGUUUUAUUGUGUAUUUUGUAUAAUGGCGUGUCGUAAUAUAAUUAUCAUAAAGUGUAUCUAACUUGGAUGAAGAAAUAAUAAUUAUUAUUAUAAAAAUAUAAUAAUAGUAAUAGAGUUUUUAUUAAGAAAUAAAUAAAGAAGUUAUAACGGUGUAGCAAGAUGUAGAUCACACAACAGUUUUUUUUAAUGAAACCCUUAUGAGUAGGUCUUUUAUAUUAAUUUUAACAGUUUUUUUAAAGAGAAUUGUAACUUGUUAUUUAUUUCAAAUGAUUAUUAAUGAUGUUUUGUAUUCGAUGUAGACUGUCGGUUAUUUUGUAAAAUAGGAAUACACGAUACUGCCCCUUUUUAUAAGUUUAUGUUCGCUUAAUGACUUUCUUGUACCUAAUGUACCUUUUAAAAAACAUGGCCAAAAAUAUAAAUAAAAUAUUAAGAGCUCCGUGAACAAAGUUUUGUACGGAGCUCUAAAAAUUGACUGAAACAGAAAAUAUAAAACAUUAAAUCCAUACGUGUACCGAAAAAGGAAAUAGAAUUUUGACUUUUAUUAAAGAUUAUUAAUAUUUUUGGCCAUGUCUAAAACACGAGGUAUGCUAAGGCGUUGUAAUAAUUCAAGAAUAAUAAUGUAAUUUAAAAUAAUAAUAAGUUUGGAUUGUAACGUAUUAUUACGCGGUGCAUUGAACAAAAUUACAGUCGAACAUUUUUUAAUGAUAAAACAAAAUUUGUACGGACAAAAUUAAUUUUCGUAUAAUUAGCAGGCAAUUUAUUUUCGUAGUAUAAAUUUGAUCUCAUUUUUUUGCACUUUUCUUCGCCUUGGUGCCAUGUCUGAUUUGAUUGACUGCAUAAUAAUUAAAUAUAAUAAUUGCAUUGAUUUAGUACAAUCGCAUGUCAAAAGUACAUUUUUAAUACGUAAUUUUUAUUUUUAUUUUCGACGUUUUUUUUUUGACCGCUGUACGUAUUUUUUACAAUUGCCUGCUAAAUCAAUUAGAUGUAUUUAAUAAUCAUCAAUUUUCUAACACUUACGCUAAGUUUUGUCGAAUAGCCUUUACUAUAGACUGGUUUAUAUUAUAAUGUUAAAAAAGUAUAAAUCUUAACUCGUAUUUUGUAAAUAGCUAUUAAUCGUAUAUUAUGUAUUUUAUAUUCAAUAUUAUAAGGUUCGAUGGGUUAUUUUUAAUUUUACAUUCUAUUAAAAAAAACAAUUGUUCCACAAAGACGGGAGUCUUCAAGAUCACGUGAAUUACAUUGUUUUUCCUUUCUAUAUAUUAUAUAUUUUUUGUUAAAUAAAGCAAUCUGUUAUUGUCUAUAGUUUUUUUUGUUUUAUUUUACUUUGCGUUCCUAUUUUGACAUAUAUCACGCAUAUACUUUUCUGCGAUUAAGCUAUAUUAAGGUUAAUCAUAAAUAAAUAGUGAGAACAUAAUAUAAUAAUAAAAUAUACGGGUGGUUCAAAAGUUUUAUUUUAUAAUACAUAUAUAAUUAGUGGAUAUAUAUUUUUUAUUUCGAUUAUAAUGGUACAUCAAACAAUAAUAUCACUGUUGAGGCUUUGCAUUAAAUAAGAUAUAUUUCCAUGUUUCAAACAAUGAUAUUAUAUAACUAAAGAUAGGUUAUACUCAUACAUAAGGAGCACAAAAAACACUUCCAUAUUUAUUUCUAUACCUACGAAGAAAUCUGUUAUUUUUUAUUAAUUUUCGCAUUCCAUUCAUCUUUGUCAUACUCGUUGUUAAACAUAACCUUGUCUUCUCUUUCGGUAUGCGGGAGCUCGCUAGCACGUCCACACUUCUCGCCUGCAUGGGCGCGACUAAAGGCAACUUGUACAAUUGUCACAAGGUGAGUGCAUCAGUUUUGGAGCGUGUAUGUAUAACCUAUCUUUAGAUAUAAGAUCAUAUGUUUCUAAUACGUCAUUUUCAUGAUAAUACACAAUUAAUUUAGGCGAGUAAACUAGGCGCACAUAGUAUGUUUGUGUCGUUUUAGCUUUCGAGUUAAAACAAUAAUUUUAAAUUUAAUGUCGAUUAAUUAUAAAUGAAAAUAAAGUUUUUAGAACACUAAGACUGAAAAAAUUGGCUGAAAUUUCGCGCAUGCCUAACACGAAAUCCGAAUCAUGUCAAAUGAAAAUAUGAAUGGGCGUUUGGUAAAAAAAAUAUAAAAAGUACAAAAAAAAUGUACUUUAGUUUUUAAGCGUUUUACGCUAGGCUAUUCCUUUUUCGUCUAUUUAAUUGCAAUGUUAUUAGUCUACAAGUAGAAAUUAUGUUGCAACCGAUAAAAAUACAAAAUUACAAUGACAAAAGUCAUUCGUAUUUUGUAUUUUUUUGCAAUAUUUUUUUCAAGAUUAUGAGUUAUUGCUGGGUAGUUUAUUUACUUAUUUUAAAUUUAGUCAAGGUCCGUUGAUGUCGGUUGUAUUUUUAAAAAUAUAUACGAAUUCAAAAUAUUGUAUCCUUUCGCAACUGUUAAAAAAAUAUUCUUAUUUUUUGCGAUAAAAUGAAAACGGCGAGAUGAUGAAAAAGACUUUCUUUUUACUUGACGGAAAUGGAAUAAAUAGGCCAAAAUGAAAAGAAUAUACCUACAGAUGUAGUGCACAAUUGUUUUCCAUCGUAUAUUCUCGGAAACGUUCGUAUUUGUCAUGCUACUUCAGGCAACCUCAGUACUUUUUGCACCGAGACCACAGAAUAAAUAAUAGUACAGAAGAUUCACUCUGAACAAAACGCGUCUGUUACGAUUAGGACUGAUAUGACCGCUAGGUGAUGCAAGCGCUACGCGCGGCUUAUGGCUAGCCACCAAAAUUGGUGUGAAACGGAUGUACUCGUAGCUAUUUUUUGCGACGCGAAGAAAUCGCGGAGUGAGCCACGCCUGCCGAGAAUGAAAUAGCAAAACACGUUCGUACGUUUCCGUGAAAUACGAUGGAAAAUAAUUAUACACUACAUCUGUAUUAAGUGGUUCUCUCAUUUCUUGAUUCCGAAUUAACUUCUCCAAAACGUCCUUCGUGUCCUGAUUUUUACACUUUGCGAUUGGUGCAUCUUGAAGCGAAUAUAACUUCUCUCUUUCGCACACAUUAGAGGGAUGUUAGUGCGAUAGUGAUAGAUAUAGGGUAAACGUUUUAAUUGCUGGGUAGUUUUUUAGUCGAUAUUUCUAAAACUUUUGUACUAUGUUUUGCUAAAUUUUCACUAAAACUAUAUAUAGAUUUGGACACAUGGAUAGUUUUAGCGUAUUGGCAAAAAUGAGUGGUAAAUGAAAAAUCUGGUGGUUGAGUGUGUGUAAUUAGUUUUUUAAGUUUUGGUGUCGAUUUUUUUUAAAAAGAGACCUUCUAUUUUAUACUUAAAGGUACCUUCGGCGAAACGGGUAUCGCGGUAAUGGCGUUUUGUACCUUGUUUUUCUAAAAGAUGAUUUAUAUUAUCAAAAUAUUGAUUUGUUAAGAGUAUUAAGUAUUUUUACACAUUACCUGAACAUAUUGAAGAGAAACAAAUAUAAAAAAAUAACAUAUAUCUAUGUAAAAAUCAGAAUAUAUAAAAAAACAUAUUUUGCAUGUUGAAAUUGGCAGAAAACUGAAUUGGACAUGAGUGAAUUGCAAAAAACUUGUACGUAGGUAACUAAGCGCAGUUAAGAAGCUGUAAUUAGUCUUAACUUAAUUGAUUCAUUUGUGUUACGAAAAUUAACUAUACAUAAUAUGUAAGUUGUAUUGUAUUUAUUGUACUGAAUUCGUACACAUAUAAGUCUAUAGCAUACGCUAACACACUUUCAUGCAUCUAACUUGAAUAGAAAUGGCUUAACUGUGGUAACACAAUGGAAUCAAUUAACUUUAUACUAAUUACAGGUGCUUAACUAUAUACAAUUUUUUUAUAAUUCACUCACAUGACUCUUGCGAGAUUUCUUCCUGUGGCAGUGUAAUGUCAGUUUUCUGUCAGUUUGGACUAAAGCUUUGUUGAUUUAUAACUCAAUACAAAACAAUUGUACCUAAAAAGUAGAAAAAUGGAGUUUGAGAACCAAUAGUGAAUAAAUGUUACAUUGUUUUAAUUAUUCUCGAA